UCGAACUUUGUAGUGAACUAGCCAACAAUGUUUAUUUAUAAGCCAGUUAUUACUAAAUCACUGAAUUAUUUAAACAUAAUAACUUGUAAAAAAUGUUUGUUUACCAUCAAAGUAUAUAAAAAAUAACGUGUAUCCAGUUGACAACUUUGAAACUCUCCUAACUACAACAAAAAUUCAGUGUUAUUCUAACCUCCACAGUAUAUAAAAAUGUUUAAAUAAAUUAUAAAGUAACAGUUAAAACUAUUUAGACACAAUAAUUAUUUGUUAUUAAAAAUGUUAGAAGGCCUAGUAGCCUGGGUACUAAAUAAUUAUUUAGGAAAAUAUGUCGAAAAUUUAAAUACCGAUCAACUCAGUAUUGCUCUGCUGUCAGGUGAAGUUGAACUAGAAAAUUUGCCGUUAAAAAAAGAAGCACUACGUCAUGUAGGAUUGCCGAUUGAAAUAAAAGCUGGAUUUAUAGGGAAAGUCCGUCUGCAGGUGCCAGUUCGUCAAAUAAGAACGGCGUCAUGGGUGAUCGCCAUCGAGCAGCUGUACCUAGUAGCAUCACCAAUAAAUUUAGACGACUACGACCAAGAAACGGAGGAACAGAUCUUCCAAGAAUACAAGCACAGUCGACUCGACGCAUUGGAAGCAAGAUGGCGAGCUAGCAAUGAACGAGACGCGGGGUACUAUGCGGCCAGUUACAGCUCCUGGAUAAAUUACGGCACAUCCUUGGUCACCAAUAUCAUAGAAAAUCUCCAACUUAAUAUUAAAGAUGUUCAUUUGCGAUUCGAAGACGUUACGAGAAAGCCAGUGGCACUGGGUAUCACAAUAAAAGCCCUCUCGGCUCAAAGUUGCGACGCAACUUGGACACCUGGUUCAACAUCAUGGAACUCAAACGACGCAUCAUUCAAACUGAUGGAGCUGGAUGGUUUGUCAGUUUACUGGAACCAUUUGAAUCCAGACCAAGUCUUCGGGAACCUGAGUCUUGGAGAUUUGGCUGUCGCAAUGUCAGACACCAAGACAGCUGGCUAUGUUUUAUCACCAGUGAGUGCUAAAGCUCACAUAAAACGCGAUCGAUCGGAGAAACCGCUUAGAUCGGUGUUACAACCGCGAAUUGUCGUUAAUCUUCAGUUAGACCAGGUCCCGCUGUCACUUACAGACGUCCAGUAUGAACAAAUGGUCCAGUGUAUCCGCGAGCUAGAAAACAUUGACCACAGACGUCGUCAGCGUCGUUGUCGUCCAUCAGUUCCAAUCGUGAGCAGUCCGCGUGAUUGGUGGAAAUACGCGGCGCGCUGUCAUCUAGGCAAAGAUUCUCUUAAACCUCGUAUGACCUGGGAAGACGUUUUGCAACGUGGUCGCGACAACAUUGCCUAUGUAGAUGCUAUCAGAAAGUUACUGGACACUCCUACGACAAUCCUGCCUCCAGAUAUUAAAUCCCUGAAAGAUAAAGUUGAAAACGAGCGAAGUUUCGAUGAUCUGCGUGUGCUCAGAGAGCUGGCAAUGGCCAAAGUCCGACCUCCAAAGCCCAUUGAACCAACGACUAAUCCAGAAGCUCGCGGUAUUCUUGUCCAGUGGUUCCCUCAAUGGUGGGGCUGGUACUCGAAAGCUCCAGAUCAAACAUCAACGCCCAAUUCUUCAGCAUUUGACGGUGAAUUACUUGACGUACUUGCCGAUACCAUUGACGACAACACUCUCUUAAGACGUGACACUGUAUUCGGACAAUUUAAUUUUACUUUGACUAAAGGAGCCAUCAGUCUGUGUGCGGAAAAAAAUUCCACAGCUCUUGCUGAUGAUGAAACAACCAAAGAAACUAAAAAAAUAAUAAUGGAAUUACAAUUUGAACGGGUUAAUUUAAGUUACGAAUCAAGACCACGUUCUGGAUCGCACAAAUUUUCAAUAAGUCUCGGCGCGCUUUAUUUACACGAUUUCCUAACAGAAAAUUCCAUGUUCCCCAUAUUAAUACAGCCGCAAACGACUGGCUCUUCAGUGCGCCUAAGAACUUCUUCAGACAAACUAACGACUACAAAUCAGCCACUCUUUGAGUUAAUUUACGAAAAGAAACCGCUGCAUAUCACAAUGGACCACUCGCUUCAUUUGUCAACUAGGUCACUGGAUAUCGUCUACAAUCCUUCGGCCUUCCGAUGGCUAGUGGAUUUUAUCAGCAAACCACACAAGAAUUCAUCAAAUCAACGUCUGCAAGCAAUGAAGCGCCGCACUCGCCGCCAGUUGAUAAAGAACUGGGAGCAGAUAUUAGAAGGUGAUUUUGUCUAUCGCUCAUCCUGGGACUUACAGUUCAAUAUAUCUGCACCUCAAAUACUGUUGGUAGAAAAAUUUAGUGACUCUACUGCAGCUGUCGUGGUGGUUGAUUUCGGUAGGUUACAUCUGACAAAUAGUAUUGGUGAUAAGAAAGUCGUUUUACGACCUGGCUCACCCAAUAGCGAUGAAGACAACGAAAUAAGUGCUAAAGAUACCAGCAAGAAAAUAGAAGUUGGUGCUGGCGAUGAAGAUGAUGAUGAAGAUGAAAGAUUCCAGACUCCUUGUUCAACGCCACCAGGUUCUCAAGAAAAUGGAAGCGUCGCGGAAUAUCAAAUGAUAUCAGAGACUGCGCUGCAUCACAAACUGUACGAUCAGUACACGAUUGAUCUGUCAGAUCUCCAGAUACUUGUGGGUAAAGUUAAAGACAAUUGGAAACAUGCGCGUACACGUGGUAUGAGCACGCUUCAUGUGCUUGAACGAUUUAAUAUAUCGCUGCAAAUAGAACGACGCGUUGUUUCAACGAUGGACCCACAGUACCCGUCAUUGACGGUGUCAGGAAACUUACCGCGGUUGGUCGUGCAUGUGAAUGAGCAGAAAGUGGAAGCGAUUAGAUCAAUGUACCAGUUGCUGUCGACCUUCUGGGAACCUUCGGAACUGGCGAAGCCGGGGAUCGGAAGUGAACCGGAGAGUCCGAAGAAAGAGGAGAGCGACCGGACGAUGUUACACGCGAUGAUGGUGCAAUUUAUAAUUGACCAGAUGACAUUCGAGUUGCAGAGUCGCGGACGCAGUGUCGCAGAGCUUCAGGUCUCUGGAGUAAGGGCUGCGAUGAGCAAACGGCUGGCUGACAUGAAUGUUUCAUUGUCUGUUCACGGAUUGCUGCUAGUUGAUGCUAUGCAAGAAUAUGGCCCGGAUUUUGAACUCUUGGUUGCUAGUCAUAAGCACGUGGGCAUGGAUAGUGUUUCCGGGAGCUUGAGAGACUCGGAACCAACUUCUCCGACGUCUCCAGUCUCACCAGGUUCACCAGAUCCAGGUCUACCGAGACGUUUAACAUCACCAAUAGCUCUGACCCGCGCUCUCUCUAGCCUGGCUUACGAUGUAAAAAAUAUGAUGUCUCCUCGGAACAACUCUCUGAGCGGAAUAGAACAACUAGACAACGAAGCGUUGAUAGUAAUCGAGCUGACUUUGGUAGAAGACUCAUUAGAAAAUCUCCGGGUAGCCAACAUCCAAUUUAACAAUCUUGACAUCAUAGCGAACCAAGAAACUAUCGUCGAGCUCGUGGGUUUCAUUCGACGGGUCUUACCAUCUAAAGAACGGAGCAAGAAGAUCCAACGUCAAGACUCUGUCGUAAGUCAAUCGCUGUCAACAACUUCAACGCGAACAGAAAUAACUUUUGACUUUCAUCGGCUCAAUGUACUCUUGCUCCGAGCAGUAAUGCACGAGAGUCAUCUGAUAGGACAGAAAAUAGCAACAGCUACCAUGUCAGAUGCUCGUAUCCAAGCAACUUUAGCGACUAACACGUCAAUAUCUGGAUCUCUAGGAGGUCUACAAGUCUUAGACCAAACGCUGAUUGGCAAAACACAUCAGCGGAUCAUCAGUGUAGGACGGGAUCCUUUGGUAGAUCCAGUUCACGCACCUCUGGAACACUUUUCUUUGUCAAAUCAACCAGAAGCAUUUAGGUUCUCAGCAAGUCGUACUAACUUACAAUCAUCAUCAGUCGUAGAAGCAGACAUAUCAAUACGCAUUGGUAGUGUCUGGUAUACACACGCUCCUCACUUAAUAUCCGAACUGCGAUCGUGUGCCGACGAAUUCAAACAGUACAUGAGCAAUCUAGCGCGUUCGAUUGGUGCAGCUGCUACGGACAUGGCGAUAGGACUAGUGCAAACAGAAGACUGGAGUGUCCCGCAACGAAAACGGCUGCCUAGCGUCUCGUUGAUCGACGGAGACAACCCAGCAGUCUUGCGCCUUAAACUAGACGUCGUAUUAGACAGCCCGGUAAUCGUUAUCCCGCGGGCUUCUCACAGUCAUCAAGUAUUUGUCGCUCAUCUGGGCACCAUGUCUUUGCAGCACGAACCCUCUGCUGAUCUCAUGUCCAAGCAAACUGCAAGCUUAGAGGUCCGGGACAUGAAUCUUUAUUCUUUAGAUGUUACCGCUCGCGUGGGAAAUUCAACAGUAGCUUUACCACCACGUGCUGAAGACACAUACAGUUGCAAAGAUUCAGGACGUCCUAUUUUACACGACACUUCGCUUAAAAUUACAAUUGAAAAGGUCACUGCUGCUAAUUCAUUGCAUGGAUCGUGUUUUUUUAUUGAUCAGGAUAUUUCAAUUUCUUCGCAGCCGAUUUUUCAAGUCCACGGUGUCAUUACAACUCCACUAAAGGUAUCGCUGUCUCGUACACAGUAUGAACAAUUACUUGACACAGUGCAUGCGGUAUUUUCAUUCCCCCACUCGCGAGAAGUUGUGAUCCAGCCCGAACGCAUUGAAACAUCAGCAGAAUCUUCAUUUGAAUUAUUAUUAAAAGUAUUGUUCGAGCUACCGACCUUGUGCAUUCAAUUGAAACAGGAUCACUCGGAGCAACCAUUAGUCGAAUUAUCAAUGCAGGAAUUUGUAGUCAAGUACGAGAAACUUCACAAGCAGGAAUCAACUACUCAAGUAUCUUUAAGAUCAUUGUUGAUGGAAGACUUGCUUUGUCCAGUUGGUUCGCGACAUCGCUGUAUGAUGCAGUCAUCUGCUCCCACUCGCGCUCGUUUGCCUCUCGGUGUGUCUAAAUCAUGCCCAGACUUUGCCUACAACUGUCGUAAGUGGCGAAGUGAGUACAGUCGCGGAAGUCUGCCCGAUCGGUUGGAGACUUUUACCCUCUACGGGACAGUACCAGCACACUGGAGAAAAGCUUCCUCGCUGGUUGGAACUCCCAAUACCCCGCCACCCUCCCCAGGUGCUGUUACUUGCGAAGAAAAUCUUGUGCUCAUCAGUAUAACAAUGACUGAAAUUCAUCCCGAGGGUCUAGAAUCAAACUCACGGCCAAUUCGCCACAAGACGGUCACUAUUGAUUUCAAUUGUCUUGACCUGAUAGUCAGUGUCGAGUCCUGGAUGAUUGUCCUGGAUUUCUUUGGCAUUGGAACAAAUUCUAAUCAUCAUAUAACAAUACACGCGGCACCGCAACCAGAUUCGCAAACUGACGCUACUGAAGAAAACAUUUACGAGUUUAAAUCGGAGGUUGACAUUGAAGUUCGAUCAUUAACGCUGGUACUGACUCGUACUGACCGCGAGAUCGCCAAAGCGAAUAUUUCAAACGCCAGCACCCGGAUAAUCAAAGCAUCAGGCAAGACAAAAGUAUCUGGAUCACUUGGAUCAAUGUCUCUAUUAGAUCUUACUCCUCACGGACGCUUUUAUCGUGAAAGAUUUCUGUCAUCUGGCAGAAAAGCUUUGAAUUUCCAGUACUCGAGCUACGAGAACGCGCACAAGCUUCCUUAUGACGCAAAACUAAAACUCCAGAUGUCUGCAGUCCACUACGUGCACACUCAGCGCUUCGUAGCUGAGCUCCAAGCGUUCUUUCGACAUUUCUCACAACUCAGAGACAUUAUGAACAAUCUCAGAGCUGGAGAUGUCGUUGUUAGUGUUCAGAAACAGCAAGGAACUCGUCUCUCCUUAGAACUUCACGCUGGAGCUCCAAUAAUUCUCCUGCCAGUAAGUUCCCGUAGUGAGCAGCUCCUAGUUCUUGAUCUAGGAGAAUUGACUGCCGCGAAUUCAUUUCACGUGUCCGAGCAAGACUCCCAGUGUCUUCUAGAUGUUAUGUUACUGGAGUUAGUCAACAUGGACGUGUAUACAGCCACCAGAGUUAAAAGUGACCACGUGGAGACGUCUAUUGACAACCAGACUCUCAUCGGAGGAUUUUAUGUCAACAAAUUGGGUCCGUCGCUCCUUACAGACAAAUGUCACUUGAGUCUAAGAAUUGAAAGGAACUUGGACAUUUACGUGAGUCGUGAGAUACCUGAUCUAAGUAUCCAGGGCACUUUGUCUACAAUGAAUUGUGCUAUGGACCCAGCCCAAUAUAUGUUAGUACGCGGACUACUUUCUUAUAAUAUCGGCGAGAAUCUCGAUGACAUACGUAUGUUCCUGGAUGACUUACAGGAUGUCAGCAGUUAUUUCGAGGAGCCUGUGACAGACAAAGUAUGGACGCGCUCUUGUAUCAUUCUGGACAUCGUCAAUGUUACCGUUAAAUUGCAUCCUAAUCAUGGAAUAGCCGCUCUCGCGUGUGUAAAUUUCAUAAAAUCACGUCUGACACUCGAUUCCCUAAGUGAUGGUUCUCAAGACAUUGAUCUAGUAUCUCAAGAAAUUCUUGUUAUAGACACGCGAUUUCAGGACGAGCCGGUAAACAAACGUUCAAACGUAUUCACGAGCAUUCUACAGCCACUAAAAAAUUUUGCUGGCAUCCCAGAUCGUGUACAAGCUGAAAUACAUCACAGGAGACGUAAAAAUAAUGCCGCUACUACUAUUUUAUUGCACAGUAUGCGACUGACGGCUAUUCUUGACUGGUGGGAAGCAGUAAAAGACUUCCUGGUACUAAAUUCUACGGAACCAGAGCCAACUCAAGCUCCGGCUGCGAUAGACAGCACUGAUGAUACUGCAGCCAAUACAUUGCCCUUUGAAUUAAAAUUAAAUAUCACUGACUCAGAGCUAGUAAUUGUCGAGGACACGUCACUCUGGGACACAAACGCGGUGAUAUUAAAGUGCACUGCGAUCCUGUCGUUUCGAUCGCUGCCACAAGAUGAUGAGAAGCCUCUGUCAUGUAGUCUUAGCCACUGCGAACUCUACUCUUGUAUUCUAGGGAUGGAAGAAGAAACAGCUUUGUCAAUAAUUGAUCCAGUAGGCGCUAAUUUUGAAUUAACCAAAGAAAAAUCACUUGAGAUCCAGCUUCAGCCGUUGAGUAUUAAGCUCAGUUAUCAUGACGUCACUAUGUUCAGUAGAAUGCUAAGUUCUUUACCGAAGCAAACUCUCUGGGCAAAACAGCAGUCUCAAGGCCCGCCUGCAAAUGCUAAAAGUCAUAUAAUGAAACUAUCUGCUCUAGGAUUUGCAGAAACUGACUGCGAGGCUGCGCUAGAUGUCUGCAAUGGUCAGCUAGAUGACGCAGCACUCUGGUUAACUCAGAACGCGACUCCUAGUGAUCAUACUAAGAUGUUCCAGGUAAUUGAAAUAGAUUCGAGUUGUUUGAGAAUCUGUAUUAUUGACGACUGUCGUGAUGCUGAUGUUCCUCUUGUAGAACUUGCACUUGUAGACUUUUCUUUGAGGCAAGUACCAGAUGGACAGGCUUGUCUUAAAGCUACCUUUGGUAUCGAUUACUACAAUCGUGUGCUUAGCGGCUGGGAACCUUUCCUCGAAUCCUGGAAGGCUACAGUCCAGUGGGAAAGUAUAAAAAAUUCUGUAAACUCCCGGCGACUGCACGUCCGAGUUGAUUCCGAGGAUUCAGUAAAUGUGAACAUAACUUCAACGUUUGUUGAGUUAAUGAAACUAGUAAAAGACAAUUGGACCCAAGAUUACUCAAGUUCCAGCCAAAAGGCGGUCUCACUCCAGCUCCAAAACUACCGGCGACGAUCUCCGUUCGUUCCCUUCGCUCUGAAAAAUGACACGGGCUCAAAAUUGUGGUUCAAAACUUUCAUAGCAGUCGCUGCUGAAGUUUCUAACACGCGAUUCAACACCGCGGACUUUGUCCAGCGUGACAAGACAUGGACUGAAGUAGCUUCUGGAGAAACUAUCCCGUUUACUUUCGAAGAACGUGGGAAACUGAGACACCAGUCGACUCACAUCGCGCGUCGCCAUCAAGUUGCGGUACUGGUUGAAGGCUGGCGUCCAGUUGAUCCAGUGACUGUAGAUCGGGUCGGGGUUUAUUUCCGACAUGCCAACGCAGCAGUGACGCACAUCGAGAGCGUUGUUACCAAAGCACGAGUUGUUUUUACCGUCGAACUUGAAGGUUCUGCUCGCAAGCUAGUGACAGUUCGUUCCGCGCUCCAAGUUGUUAACAAAUUAGCGUAUACUGUUGACAUAAGACUCGAUAAAUCACUUAGUUAUGGAUACGGAGCGGCUAUAGCUGGCCCUAAAACACUCCAAGUUCCAGCAAAAUCAAUUAUAUCAGUACCAAUUACUCAUACAAAUGUACAGAUGAGUUUGAAGCCUCAGCAUCCCAGUCAAGUGUUUCAGUACUGCAUGGAACCAAUUGAUUGGACCCUUGCUAAAAAGCCCAUGGAGAUUAUCGAGACAAUAACGACCUGUCGUACUAAUCAAAAUAAUAUUUUCAAAAUGUGUGUUGCUGUGAGACGUGAAAAUUAUCCAAUGGACAGUGCCAGUUGUAUUUUACCAGCUCAUACAGUGUCUCUGCUGCCUCCAGUCACGUGUAUCAAUCUACUACCGCAUGAGUUACUGUACCAAGUAGCUGGGGAGAGUGGCCGAAUACCUCCAGGCAGCACUGCUGAUUUAUACAGUAUCAAUUUACAAGAAGAACAACUAGGGAUUGCUUUCCAGCUUGAUGGUUACUCUGGAUCAGGUACACUUACUUUAGGACAAACAAGCGGUUCCUAUGCAUCGAGAAUGAAACUAACUGAUGCUGCUGGAAGGAUAUUAUUUCUCUACGCAGCUGUGGUCAUUGAAAAAGGCGCAGCAGUGAGGAUCAACAUCACCGCACCUUACUGGAUCAUCAACAAAACCGGACUGCCUCUAGUUUUCCGUCAAGAAGGAGUUGGUACUGAAGCUGCUGGACAGUUUGAAGAGCAUGAACGUGCGCGGAUGGUUGCUCCGUUACUUUUUUCGUUUAGCGACGAAGAAGCAAGUCGGACAUUGUCAGUCCGCGUAGGAACGAACGUCCAUCCGCAGGGAAUAGCUCAGUGGUCACAGCCGUUUCAUUUACAACCAGGAGUCCAGGUCCAUCGAUUGAGAAUAACUUUGAGAGACGGGAGACCUGAUAUCGUUUAUCUGAUUGGCGUCGCCACGCGAGCUGCCCGCGGAAGAUACCGUGCUACUACGGUAGUAACUCUGUCUCCGCGGUAUCAACUUCAUAAUAGAUCUUCGUGUACUCUAGAGUUGGCCCAGAAAUGUUUUACUACUACAGUUAGCCAUCCGGAUGCUCAGGCUACGUAUAUAACUGCCAUGCCUGACUGCCACAUGCCCUUCCACUGGCCUAGACUAGACAAGGACCAGCUGCUCUGCGUCAGAGUCAUUGACGUACCGAAUUGCAUUUGGUCUGGCGGGAUUAUCAUCGACGGGAAUCAUUCUUUGACUAUUAAUAUCAGAGAUACUGCUGGUAAAAUGCACUUCCUUCGAGUUGAUGUUGUUCUACAGGAAAGUACUUACUUCAUUGUCUUUACUGAUGCCAACACCAUGCCACCGCCUAUUAGAGUUGAUAAUUUUUCAGAAGUUCCGUUGGCUAUUAAUCAAGCUGAUAUACUGGAUAAUUUACAAUGGACAGUAAGACCUCAUUCAUCGGUACCGUAUGCUCUUGAUGAACCAACUCAGGCAGCAAAUUUAAUAGUAACUGCUCCAGGAGGUGUUACUGCUUCGUACGAUCUCAAUGUUUUGGGAGAAAACCGCGGAUUGACUUAUGAAAAUUUUAUUUACAUCGCAUUUAGUGGAACAUUUAAAAUAGACGGAGAUCUAGGUACUGGAGAAGGAGGUCUAGAUCCACUGGAUGUCGAAACACAGAGACUAGUACUAGAAGCUGGACCUGGUGGUUGGGUAGCAUUAAGACGGAAACAAUACGGCGCCAGAUCACAAUUAUGGAGAAUGACUGGAGAUGGACAACUUCAACAUGAAGGAUCAAGUCCACCACGUGAUAAACAUUCAAGAACACCAGACACCGUUCUAGUACUUGAUAUUGCUGGUCCAGCACCUCAACCAUUUAAUUAUUGUGCUCUAGCUCUACGCAGACCAGAUCCACGGCGCAGAUCAACGCAGACCUGGAAAUUUACCGACGACGGACGUCUUUGUUGUGCUCAUAAAAAUAUGUGCGUCCAAUCUAAAGACGGUUUUAUGGGUUUAUACGAAGGCGGCAGUGUUGCCCGUUGGCAAAUGUGGAGUGAAGCUGUACUAGGACCACAGACGCAUAGCAGUCCGCCACCAAUUGAGCAACGCGUUGGCAGACAACGUCUACGUCCUGGCUCGGGAUUUUUGUCAGUACGCGUCACGACUGAUGGUCCGACGCGUGUGCUACAAAUUUUGGAUAUUAAAGAACGAAAAAAGACAUUUGCACUCUUAGAAGAAAGAGACUGGUCCCACAUUGCCGUAGCCCAGCGACCAACGCAGGUAGAAGCCGACCGCACGUCAUCCGAGCUGCAAUUAACCAUCGCCCUGCCUUCAGGACUCGGAUUGUCCGUAGUAUCCCGACGGCCCGUUGAAGAACUUCUCUUCGCUCGCAUUGCUGGUAUCGCCUUCGACCUGCUCCAGACCCCUUACAACUCGACCCUUAACCUCACGGUCUCUGAUAUUCAGAUCGACAAUCAGCUCUUUGAAGCCCAGUGCACCUCAGUCCUCUAUAUUUCCCGCACCUCCCGUACGGAAACUAACGACCGGCCAGCAAUCGAAGUCUCUAUGGAAAAACUUCCAUCCAAGAAUCAGAAUGCCGAGAUCUAUAAGCAUCUCAUCGUAAUGAUCCGGCCGCUUUGCGUCCAUCUAGAAGAACGAUUGAUCCUCAAACUCGCUGCCUUCUUAGGCACCAACCGCACCGACUUAGAAGCUCCCGUCGACGAAAAUGAUUUCAAAGCCCAGAGAUUUAUUUCCGAAGUAUCAGCAGCCCACGCCAAACGAUAUUACUUCGGUCUUCUCAAGUUGGUACCCAGCCAAGUUAAACUAAGUGUCCUGACCACCACAAAAUUACCUCGAAGUCUUCAGUCAAUCAAACGUAAACUAGGAUUGACGUUAAUUAAAUUCGAGGAUGCCUCCAUAGAGUUGGAACCGUUUGUAAAAAAGCAUCCCUUUGAAAGCAGCCAGUUUUUGAUUCACUCAAUAAUAAAACACUACAAAGAUGAAUUGAAAUGGCAAGCGGCAGUUAUUCUUGGAAGUGUUGAUUUCCUGGGUAAUCCUCUGGGUUUCGUAAAUGAUAUCUCCGAAGGCAUGUCCGGAUUUAUACGAGAAGGAAAUGUCAAGACAUUAAUUAAAAAUGUAACUCACGGAUUAUCAAAUUCUACUGCUAAAUUAUCUGAGUCUCUAUCCGAUGGACUGGGACGCGUUACAAUGGACGAGGGUCACGAAGAAACGCGCCAGAGAAUACGUUCCCAAACAGUUCACAGUGGCGAUCAUUUUGUUGCGGGUCUAAAAGGUCUAGGCUUUGGAGUCCUCGGUGGAUUGACCAGCGUCGUAAGACAGACCUACGACGGCGCCGCAAAUGAAGGAUUUCCCGGAUUUAUUGCCGGUUUUGGCAAAGGAAUCGUUGGUACUUUUACAAAACCCGUUGUUGGAGUUUUAGACUUUGCAACAGAAGCUGCUACUGCUAUCAGAGAGUCCAGCAGAAGUGCUCACAGGACUAUUCCUAAAAGACAGCGGUUACCUCGAGUUGCCAGCGGACCUGCUGGACUCUUACCGCCGUACAAUCCGCAGCAAGCUGAAGGACAAGAGUUUCUUUACAGCAUUAAUGAGAGAAAUUACAAUGAAUUGUUUGUCGCGUGGGAAAGUUUGUGCGGUGGGCAAGAAAAUUUGAAAGUACUGGUGUCUAAUGAACGAGUGAGAAUUAUUUGUGGGAGUAGCAAGACUGUGGUCACUGAAGUUGGACUUGCGGAUCUGGUACAGUGUCAGGAGACGAAGAAAAUAGAAUCCAAUGGAUCGGUAAUUUAUUACAUUGAGCUGACUUCAAGAAUUGACUCGGGUUUGAUUAAUUUUGAUGCUCCUGAGGUACUGAGACGACCAAAAGUUAGAUGUGACACUGAUGAAAUUGCCAAGUGGGUGUCCCAACAAAUAAAUUACGCUAAAGGAAUGCACGAAGAGAAAAGUCUUACGCUCAUGUCAUCUGAUAAUAUGCUCGAUGAUAUUUAUUAUUAUAAGUAAAUUAUUUAUUUUUCAAUACAUACGUAACUAAUUUAUAAUUAAUAAUAAAUAU